GUUGCUGAAUGGGACUGAACCGCUAAUUGUACGCUUGAGUAAUGAGGGACAAAUCAACCAUCCUAUAUGUUGGUGGUCUCUGAAGAAUGCAAAGCUGGAGGUGGGAUUUCAACAUAAUUUAACAUAUUUCCGAAAGGAUGCCCAGGGCCGAAGAAAGCGCGGAUCUUGGAAAGUACGACAGAGGCUGGCUGGAUGAAGAUGUGUCGGAAUUGUAUGUUGUACUCUUCUCAAGCCCAUACUGUUUUGUAAUGCGUACGCCACUGAAUUACACAGCUCCCCUCCCAUCGGUGGACAACGCUACGCAUAAGUUCCCAGAUAAUUCAAGAUGCCUUCUCUGGGUACCAAUAAAUACUUCAGGGACAACACUUCAAUCCUGUGAAGAAGGAUUCUUUGCACAAUGUAAUAACGUUGGGCUUUAUCCUUAUCGCUACAGGAAAAAAGUCUGUGAAAAUGAAGACAAGGAAUAAAUAUCUACAGUGUAAGGGCGGCGCGCUCUAAAUAUUGCAAGACUUCGUUCGUUUGGUGCGGCUUCAUUUUUGAAGCAAGUAAAACGACACACAGAACGGUUGAAUAAACCUUGAUUGCAUUUGCAAUCUUUUUUGUAGUUUUC